AUGAGUGGUGAAGUUCUGAAAAUUCGCGCUGGAGUGUGUGAUUACGAUGAAGAGACCAAGGUUUGUACACCUGUGCCCUGUCAAGGUGAAAUAGUGGUGAAACCAAAUGAAGAAGAAGAAGCCAUGGGGUUUUGGGAUUUCGAAUGGCGUCCUUUGGAGAAACCUGUCGGACGAGAGCUUGAAGCGAUUCCUUUGAUUUUGAUUCCGGGCGAGACUCUGUGGGUACCGGUGAAAUCUUGUAAGAACGGCAGGAUAUUCGCACUAGUGUUCUCAUCUAAUCAACGGUAUAUGUUUUGGCUGCAAGAGAAGAACUCUGGAUCGCUGGGGUUGAACGAAUUGAGUGAAAAGGAUCAAAAGUUGUACGAUAAGAUGAUUAACAUACUCAAUGUAGAUGAUGACGACGUCGAGAUGAAGGAUGCUUGA